GCCAAUUCAUCAAUCAGAUGAGAAGCUGCAUCACCCUCGCCGUGAUUCUCGGCUUCAAUUGAAGUCUUUUUUGUCUUGACAUGAACUGUGACCACCCUGCAACAAUUGAAAGCGCCAUCUAUGUGCCCAUAAACCCGCACGUUGGUAUCGAUCAUUUAUAUCUUAAUAAGCGCUGCAUAGUCCUGUCAGCACAUAAUAGCGUGAGCUGGAUAGGAUAGACCAAGAUAAAGUAGCAACAAAGCUCACUACAUCAUGGCGGCCGCAUCGACCAACCCGGAUGUCAAACUAAACGAGAACGGCGUCCCGGACUUUGACAGCCUCCCUCUCCGGGCCGGGGACCCGCAGCUCUCGGCAUGGGGCCUGUACGGCGCCUCGGAUGAGCUUGGCUUCCUGAACCGUCAGACCAACGAGCGGGUGGCAAAGGCGGCUCAGACCGAGAUUCGCACCGGUGUCCGCAUUGGUCUGAACUGGCCGCUGGACGCCCAGAAAGAAGGUGCCUUUUUCGAGCGCAAGGUCUUCCACCAGCGCUUGUUCAACAAACCGCCCAGGACCGUCAACGACGAUGAGUGGACCUUCAACUCUCAGGUCUCGAGCCAGUGGGACGGCCUGCGUCACUUUGGCUAUCAAAAGGAAAAGCUCUUCUACAACGGCGUCACCAUGGAAGACAUCCACAGCUGCACCUCGCACGGCACUCCCUCCACCACCAACGGCAUCCACGCCUGGACCGACAAGGGGAUAGUCGGGCGCGCGAUCCUGGUCGACUUUGAAUCCUGGCGCACCGCCACCAACAAGCCCUUUGACCACUUCUCCACCUCGGCCAUCACGCUGCGCGACAUGCUCGACUGCCUGGCGUUCCAGGACGGCACCACGCCCCGCUUCGGCGACGUGCUGCUGAUCCGGUCCGGGUGGACGGCGGCGCUGGCCACCAAGUCCACCGACGAGAUCAAGGCGGCGCGCGCGUGCCUGCCGCACACGUUUGGCGGCGUCGAGCAGUCCGAGGACGUGCUGCGCUGGAUCUGGGACAACUUUAGCGCCGUGGCCGGCGACCAGCCCAGCUUCGAGUGCUGGCCCUCCAAGAAGGACUGGUACAUGCACGAGGUCCUGCUCGCCGGCUGGGGCUGUCCCAUCGGGGAGCUGUUUGACCUCGAGAGGCUGGCCGAGCACUGCAAGAAGGAGCGCCGCUGGUCCUUCUUCGUCGCCAGCGAGCCGUGUAAUGUGACUGGUGGGGUUGCCAGUCCACCGAACAUCCUGGCCAUCUUCUGAGCUCUGAUGAGACUUGAGCAACUAUGGGAUCUCGGUAGGAGGAGUCCCUACUCACCAGGUUGCUCAGCUACGCCCAAUUGCAUCAGGUCAAGCUCACAGUCUUUUCCAUCUUGGUCAUCGCCAUCAAGGGCACAAGUAUGUGAGGAAGGUCAAGCCUCCAAGACGAAUAAUGAAAAGGGAAAAGAUUCCAUCGUUACUCAUUUGCGAGCUAUGUGCCAGUCGCCAGCUUCAGUACCCGUUCACACAUCAACCGUCACCUAUGAGAGUCCCCCGAACCAUUGAUUGCCGUGCCGUGUUAAAAGCACGGUUUACACUGCGUGAUGAUAGGGGCUCCUCGGCCGCCCCGCGGGUCUUGUUUCUCCUUCCGCUUAUUUAUAUGUCUUUCCACGAGACACUAUUCCGAAGAAGAAAAAUGAAAAGACGUCCCCAUAUACAUCCUUGUCCUGUGCCUUUACUCGCAAUGAGAAGUGAGGCAUCGACCAGAACCCGCGGAGAUGAUAUACCGUCUGUGCUUGUCGGAUACUCCCAUGCUGCUCGCCGAUGGGAUUAUCCUACCGCCACGGCGAAAGGUGACCUUUGGUAUACAUUACAAGGAAAAAGAAAAGAGGUAGAGCCUCUAGCUGUCUAUUUCUUGCGGUCACUGCUAGACGAUCUUUUGUGAGAAGACCCCGUAAAGGUCAGUAUUAACGCCCACCAUGAAGCAGCAGGCAUCCACAUAAUCUGCUGGUGGUGCCAAAAAAAAGUAGGGGGAGGGGGGGUUUGACUCACGUGCUCAACCUGCGCGACAGAGUCUGCAGCUUCUUAUCGUUGUCAGCCUCCUUGGUCGCCCGCUCGAGCGCUUGCGCACGCUCCUCCUCGUUCUGUCGGACAACCUCCUCGUGGCUGGGCGGGAGCCUCUCGUUCUGAAGAUCGACCUUACGAGCAUCCUCGAAGCUGCUGAUGGCGUUCUUGAUACCCUCGGCGCCCAACAUGAGCGUACCAGCAGGCAAACGACCACCCGACACCGUCUUGAGCUCCGUGACCCUCUCCGACUCUUCUCGGAGAACCUGGAACACACGCGAAAGCCUGCCGAUGGCCAAAAUCUUGUUCUUGAUAGCUCUCCGCUUGAACUCGAUCGAUUCGGGAUCCAUUGCAGCGGCGUUCGCCGAUGUGGACGAUCCUUCGCCAUCGCCGGCGGCCUCGGGCAGGGCUGGUGUCUGAGGUGGCGACUGGGGACCCGGCGACGUGGAUGACGAGUCACCCUCGCGCAACUCCUCCUCAGAGCACGUCCCAAGGAUGGCCAGCAGCAUGUCGGUGAUCUUUUCUCCCACGAAAGGCAGCGACCAAGUGAAGACGUCCAUGAAGUUGGGGAGCCAGUACGGGUGCGGCGUGCAGUUGAACUGCCUGAUGUUCAUGACGUUGUUCUCAUACUUGAGAACCGCAGCCUUGUUGUUGUAAACGUCGAGGUAGUUUGGUGCCGAGAAGAUGGUCAUAACACUCGGGAAACCGGUGGUGCGAGUCUUUCGGUACAUGCGAUACCCGGCAUCUUGCGCCUCGUGCGCUCGAAUAACGGACAGCAGGUUGUUCUUUUCGAGAAAUGCGCAUGCGGCCGGGUAUGAAAAGAAAUAUGAGCAUCCUCUGACGUGAUUGUGAAGGAAGAAAUCACUCGUCUUUUCUUGUCCAAAAUCCUCCAGGGGGUCUGCCCAAAGGAUAUCGCACAUCAGGCCUUGUGUGGGCGGUUCCCUGAAUCGGUCAAUCUAUUGUACAGGUGGCGAGUCGCAAUGGUCAGCUAUAGAACAACAGGACACGGCGCAAAGGGACACCAGCCACACCUAUAGGAGUGACGAAGCGUGCUGUAAAUAGCGGGUGAGGGGUUGUUUUUCUUGUUUUCUUUCAUAUUUCAAAAAAAUCGGUUGCGCUUACAUUUCUGAUGUCGUCCAAAGUGUGCAGCUCUGGGCUCAGGCCACCGUGAAUACAAAGAAACUGCUUGUUCAUGA